UUGCGUUUUGCCUCCAUACGCGGCCUCUGGGGCGUAGAGCUGCGAUUUGGAACCAUCCGGAGACCGCCACAGCCACUGUGACCGCUGCGCCGAGCGCAGACCGCGGCUCAGGUUGGUUACGUCCAAAACCGCCGUCGGUUUGCUCAGGUUCAGAGCGCCGCGCAGCCGCGUCGCGGACGUGAUACGCCGUAGCUACAGCGGAAAGGCGCCGCGCAGCCGCCGCGCCGUACUACACACCAUGCCCCGCCGCAAGAAGACCCCGCCGCAAGACAUGGACGUCGACUCCGACGAUGAUAACGCGAUCUCAAAGCAGAAGAAGGCCACGGAGAAGUUCAUGGCCCUCCUAAAACCCAUCAAGGACGCGGCCCUAGCCUUUGAUGUGGAUGUGGAUGAGGCCCUCGAGGACUACGUGGAAGCCUGCGUGCGCUACGUCGAGAAGGACGCGGGCGCGAUGAUCAACUUCGCGGAGGCCGGGCUGUUGUUGCAGGGUUCGGCCGUCGUGUAUGGGCGGAAAGUGGAUGGGGUCCAUGCAUUGGUGUAUCGCGUAUUGGAGUUACUGCGGACGGGCCAGAAGGAAAAGGAAAAGGCCGAGAAGAAGGCCGCCGUGCGUUCGCGGCGUCCCGUCGUGUGGAGGCGCCUUCGACGCGACUCGUGUCCAUCUCACGAUGACGUGGGUGGUUUCUUUUUCGAAUUUGAGGCCAUUCGGACCGCGUCGAGACCGCGAUGCCCCGCGCAGGAAGGUCCGAACGAGGAGGAGGAGUCCGACGAGGAGGAGCCGCUCGACCCGCUGCCGGAGAACGCUCUACAACCAUUGAAACCGUGCCGCGCGGGCAAGAAUAUUGAUCUGGACGAGGACAAAGAAAAGGAACUGGAGCAGUCCGACGCCGAUCCUCUGGUGGCUAUGUUAUUUAGAGAUACGGACGAGGACGCGCCGUUCUUCGGGGCGUGUUUCUGCGAGGACGGGUCGCUGCGGCUGCCGGGGUUGGAGGGCGACGGCGCUAUUGUUGAUGAAGAGGGGGCGCGGCCGCGGCGUCCUUUGCUUCCGCGCGACGUGCGCGCUUCUUCCCCCGCCGCGCCAUCGCGUCGAUGGCGUAGAGGCCUCACGCGACGCCACGACGCCGCGCCAUCGCCGCAUCUCACCGAUCUACCACCGCGCAGGGAGCCGCCGCACCUGUUGCGGAGGAGAUGAUGGACGUCGAGGCGCCGCUGCCGCCGCUCGAGGACGCUCCGAUUGAUGAUGCAGGCUUCGCGCCGCCGCCCAUGGACGACGACGACGACGGCGGCUUUGCACCCGGCGGAGAUGAGGACGACGUCCCGUUCCAGCCGCCUGUUCAAGAGGAGGAGGAAGCGGCGCCGGAGCCGGCCGACGACCCCUGGGAGGAAUUGGAUCCUCUCGCGAACGAUAGUAAACCGCGACCGCUGAAGCGCGGCCGGACGUGGCGCGCGCCGGUCGAGGACGGCGACACCGUCGAGCUCCCUUCACAUAUGGAAGGUGCGCCGUCGGACGCGCAGGUGGCUGCGUUAUGCGCCGCCGAGGCAUCAGCUACAACAGCUAGAGACCGCAAGCUCGCCACCAAAAGUUUAAAUGAGGCCCUCAAGCAAAGGGCCGCCGCCGCGCCUUUAUCAGAUGUCAUUCCCGAGCUCUUGGCGGCCGUCGCCUUGGAGGAAAAACGGGCGCGCCAGGCGGAUCUAGAUGAUGAGGAGUCCGUCGAGGACGCCUGGGACGGGCGCGGGCGGCGGGCGACGUUCGCGCGCUUGUUUUCUGAUGAAGUACCGUUACAACCUCAGGUCGAGGAGGAGGACGACCAGUCGUUUGGUGGCCCCAUUGGUGGGUUCGACGACGACUACGACGAUCAGUGCGACGCGGACGUCGUCCAGGAGGCCUGCCAGCAGCACCUGGACGAAUUGGCGGGCGCCGUCGCGUCGUAUGCUCAGUUAGCGAGAAUCGCCGACCGCGUGGCCCAGUGGCAGGAGCGCCUGGCGCCUAUACUAGCAGCGCAGGAGGCGGGACCGCCCUUCGACAUCCUCGCGCUCGGGAGAGAUGUGGUGGCGGCCGUCGCCGCCGCGCGGGCGAAGGACUGCCGCGUGCAGGGCGUCAAGCCCGCUCCUGUACCAUUUGCGCAGCUCGCUCGAGGCCGGGAGCGGUCGGGCGUCUGCCGCCAGUUUCUCGCGACUUUACAAUUAGCGAACAACGGGAACGUGCUGCUGGGGCACGCUCACAAGGCGGACGUCCUCGCGCCGAUCCAGGCGUUCACCGUCGAUUUAUUAACGGAGUCGAACGCGCACGAGAACCUCAAGAGCGGCGCGUUCACACGCGUAUCGCGGCCGUCCGUCUCCGCCGCCUGAUAAGCAAGUACACAAGUAGUCUUACUCGAAGCCGUCGCGGCGAGAGAUGUUGUCGCGGCGGCAGCGCGUAGCGCCAGCACACAA